AAGUAGGAGGGAGGCAGGUUCCGUGGCCACUGAGCAUCUAGAGCGAAGUUUGAACUAGACACUGCCUUCCUCCUGAAGUCCUCAUUUAGUCACCAGCAGCAACAUGUCUCUUCAUAAGACAGUAACCAGUUACAGCACCAUCGGUGGCUCCAACCGGCUUUCCGGCGGGCUGCCACGGUACUCCAGUGCGUCUAUGCAGGGCUACAGCUCCCGGCCGCGGGCCAGCGCCUCCACCAUGAGCUACAGAUGCGGCAACGGUCUGGGUCUGGGUCUGGGUCUGGGCUCCAAGAUUGGUCUUGGCUCAACCUAUGCUGCCAGCUCCUUCUCCAUCAUGCCAGGCGGUUGCGUCGUCAACAACGAGAAGGGCACCAUGCAGGAAUUGAACGACCGUCUCGCCAGGUAUCUGGAGAAGGUCCGUACACUCGAGCAGUCCAACAAGGAGCUGGAGAUCCAGAUCCAGGCGCUCGCCUCCACCAACAACUAUGAAGGCUUCGACUGGUCCACCUACAACAGCGCGGUCAUACCUCUGCAACAGCAGAUCGUCAAUGCCAUGCUGCAGAAUUCCCGUAUCGCUCUGGAGACGGACAAUGCCAAACUGGCCGCAGAGGACUUCCAGUGCAAGUUGCGCACGGAACAGUGUCUCAGGAUGUCGGUGGAGGCCGACAUAGAUGGUCUCCACAAUCUGAAGGCCACCUACCUGCAUUUGCACGAGAACCUGAACCAAGACAUUGUCGGGCUGGAGGAUGAGAUCGCCUUCCUGAAGAAGAACCACGAGGAGGAGCUCAGGAUGUUGAGGCAACAGAAGACACAGGACAUAGAAGUGCAGGUGGACUCCGAACCAACUGAGAACUUGGAUCAGAUCCUGGCUGAUCUCAGGGCGAAGUACUCAAAGCAAGCCGGUGACAACAAGGCAGCCAUGGAUACAUGGUACCAGGAGCAGCUGAAGAUUAAAGAAACAACAGUCUAUCAGAACGACCAGGCUCUGGAUGGGGUCAAGAAUGAGAUGAGCCAAUAUCGACGCCAGUUGCAGGACCUUGACAUGGAGUACAGCAGUUUAAUUGGAACCAUCAACGCUCUGCAGAACAGCCUGAACCAAAUCGAGGGAAAUUACGACAUGCAGCUUCGGAGUCUGCAGACCAGGAUCGCACAGCUGGAGUGUGAGCUGGGGAGUAUCAGGAAUGAGUUGCUACACCAGAACGAGGCGUAUGAGUCCCUCCUGAACAUCAAGAUGCAGCUGGAGUCUGAGAUCGCACAGUACAGAAUGUUGCUCAGCGGAGGACAGUGCAUCAAUACCUCUGGAGGCUCUUCAUCGCAAGUCUCACAAUCCUAUUCCAAGGGUCCAGCUUCUUCUGUGACCACAACAAAGGUUAUCACAGAAAAGGUGACGUCUAGGUACUAAGGAGAGAGACUGGCCCCGUGGCUCUAUCCGAGGCGGUGGACUGAGACCCCCUCACCAACUCCCCACAUCUCCAUCUGUUUGCCAGGACCACCACUGGGGUGUCUGGCAUCUCGCGAGCUGAUCUCUGCCCUGUGCUGCUCCCUCUUGUCCCGGGAGGGGCAUGGGAAGGAAUUUCACCAGCUGCACACGGACCAUUGCCGGAUUCAACACCUGGAUAGCCACGGAGAGAAGAGGUCCAACCUGUGUCCUCCCCGCCUCCACCCCCUCGCUUCAGCUGCUGCUUGUGGCUUUAUUAUAAGAAGCUCCGGCCCACACCCUCCCACCAUCCCCACCUCCCUCAGGCCACAUUUACACUGCAGGAGCUGUCCAAGGUGCUGAUCCACACCCUGGCUGUCAGCUGCAACACAACCCUGGAUCCAAUGCACCUACAGAGUGCUGGAGUCCCUCAGUCAGUCAGGCAGCAUCUCUGGGGAAACGUGUAGGAAGGAACUGCAGAUGCUGGCUUAUGCCGAAGAGAGACACAAAGUGCUGGAGUAACUCAGCCGGUCAGGCAUCUAAGGGUGUGUUUGUCCUUUGGUCUGAAGAAGGGUCUCGACCCGGAAAGUCACCCAUCCUUUCUCUCCAGAGAUGCUGCCUGACCCGCUGAGUUACUCCGACACUGUGUGUCUAUGGCCAGCAUCUCUGAAGAACGUUGAUGGGUGGUUUUGGAUCAAGACUGAUUUUGGGAGUGGGGGGGGGGGGGAGAGAAGAAAGCUGUGGAAAUGAAUGAAGAAAGGGGGAGACCUUUCUCCUCCCCUCCCCCAACCCUCCUAUCCCUCCCCUCCAACAUUCAUUCUGAAGAAGGGUCCCGACCCGAAACGUCACCAAUCCAUGUCCUCCAGAGAAGCUGCCUGGCUCAUUGAGUUACUCCGGCGCUUUGUGUCUUUUUGCGUAUUAACCAGCAUCUGCAGUUCCUUCACUGGCAUCCCGGGGGCUAAUUCACAACCCGCAGCGGCUGGCAUUUGGCCCAUCAUCUCCCUGUUGGACCAGUUCCCGAUAAAUCUGGCUGAGUGCCAGGGAGACUUGUCCUGGUGAUCCAGGUGGUGAUGAGUUCUGGACCCAGGCUCCUGUGUGUGACCAGCCUCUCUCCAUCCCCUCCACGACCCACGGACACUCCUAAACCCCUCCCAUCCCCUCUAUGCUUGCAUUUUGCUCAAAAUCAAUAAAUACUCUUAUUCCCAGCC